UAAUGUUCUUGAGAAACACAAGACACAGAGAAUCUGAUGAGGAAAAAAAAAGAAAAAGACCAAACCCAAAAUCAGUAAAGUAUUAUUAUGAUAAUACACUCUCCGUCUCCUUCUCUCCACCGCACGAAUUUCUUGAACAAUAAUCGAGGUAGAUCUCAGUGUCAGAGCCGCUUGGUCACCAGAUCGGCUUCAGCGGCGGUUCGUAUAUCGACGGCGGCGAUUGGGGCGAUAGCGACGGUGGUUAUGAUGGCUUCCGUGUCCGUAGCUUCCGUAGAGCUUCCUCCCCCGCCGCAAGACGGCGAAACGCUAUCAAACGUACCACAAACGCUAUCAGGUGAAGACUGCAAGAAACAGAGGAUUCAACGUCCCAAAUCCAAAAACGCAGAGAAAUGCACCGUUAAAUGCGUCAACACCUGCAUUCGCAGCGGAGACGGAGAAGGACCUCUCAAUAUCAGAAGGCCAUUAGUGGUAUUCAAGCAAGGAUUUCGCAGCCGUAAUUACUGCUUAGUGGAAUGUUCUGAUAUUUGCAAUUUGAUCGGAGAUGGUGACUAUGGACCCUGAAAGGAUGCAGAAGAAGUGAAAAAGAAAAAGGGUCUCGAAAACUAAAAGGAUGCAGAAGAACACAGAGGAGAAAGGCAACUGAUAUACCUUCAGAUUUUGUAGAUUCUCUUUUUAAAAAGGAUUAAAUUUGUUUAAACACGAUACAUUAUACUGUAAUCUCAAUUUAAACGACAAUGUCAUCCAUCGUCAAUCAAGUGGGCUCGGAUAUUGGGCUUGUAUUCUUUUUUUUUGUAGCCCAAGUAAGAAAGAAAUAGGCCCUGUUUUAGUUUUAGGUUUUUUUUUUUUUUUUUUUUAAUGUUUUACUUGUACUUGUCGUUGUCCUGCUUAUUUUAUAGAGACAUGUUUUAUCUUUAUAUCUUCCAA